AUGUCAUCUAGAGACGCUGACGAAUACGGUUUAAAUGAAGUCGAUGACUUUGCUGCUAAGAGAGAACAAGUUCUUUUAGAUAAUUCCUCCAUGAAGAAUAGAAGAAGAGAAAAUUCAGGUGAUGAUGAAGAAGAUGACGAAGAAGAAGUCAUGUCUAUGACCGACGAGUCUAGUGAGGAAGAAGAAGAAGAAGAACUAGAUGGUGAAAAGGCUUACAGGCAAGUCUUUGGUAGAAAGUUAGAUAUUUCUGAACCUAAUGAAGAAGAUGAGGCAACUGCAAUGUUAGAUAAUGAAAAUGCUUGGGGUACUACAAAGAAUGAAUAUUAUGGUGCAGAUGAGAUUGAAGAUGAUGAAGAUGCAAAAGAAAUUGAAAAAGAAGCUCUUCGUCAACAAAAGAAACAUCUGCAAUCACUUAAUAUGGAUGAUUAUUUAGAUGAUGAAUUAGAUGAAGAAUGGACAAAGGAUGCUAAAGCAUUCGACGUUUCAGAAUUUAAGGAUUCUAUAAAACAGACAAAUGACAAUAAUUUAUCUACAAAGGAUAUAACAUCUAUGGAUUCUGAGGCCAAAGCCGAAUAUUUAAAGACAAUGUUCCCUGAAUAUAUUCCUCUUUCUAAAGAAUUAACACGGUUAUCAGAUAUAUUGAACAUUUUGAAAUUAGAACAGAAUUCUGAAUCGAAAAAAUUAAAAUUCCUUGCAUUAUCUUCAUAUCUUGCUACCGUUACUUCAUAUUUCGGUGUCCUAUUGCAUGAAUUGAAAACAAAUGACGAUUUCGUCUCAAUGAAAGAUCAUCCUGUCAUGGAGGCUAUUUUAACAUCGAAGGAAGUCUGGAGACAAGCAGAGGAAUUACCAGAUGAUGAAGAUUUUGAUCAAACAGAGCAAAUACAAUCUGGAGAUGAAGUCAUGGAUGGAGAUGAUAUUGAAGAAUUAGAUCAUGAUAUGUUAAGUAAUAUUCCAAUUGAACAAGAUGACGUUGAAGACGAAAAUAUUUCGGGUUCCGAUGAAGAUGAGAACGAUGAAGAAAGUGAAGAUGAAGCUGAUCUAGAUGAUUUCGAGGAAUAUGUUGUCCAAUCACGUAUCUCCAAGGAUAAAAAUAAUUCAAACAAAACAAGUGAGGAAAAGGCAGAUGAUUACUUAGAAUCUGAAAUGAAUGAAGUAGAUGCUCAAGAGAAAAAGAAUCGUAGAAGGACUUUACGUUUCUAUACUUCGAAGAUUGAUCAACAAGCAAACAAAAAGGCUGAUAGAUUAGGUGGUGAUGAAGAUAUUCCAUAUAAGGAAAGAUUAUUUGAAAGACAACAAAGACUUAUGGAAGAAGCUCGUAAACGUGGUUUACAUGAUAAGAAUGGCGCCAGCCUGGAUGAUAAUGAUUAUGACUCUCAGGAAGAAGCUAUUGCCAAGUCUAUUAAUAACGAUAGCACAAUUAAUUAUUAUAAACAAAUUCAAAAAGAAAGAGAACAAAGAAAGAGUGAUCGUAAGACUGCUCAUAAAACUGCUGUAAUAGCAGCCAGGGAAGGUAAAUUAGCAGAAGCUAUUGAAGCUGUUGGAGAAAACGGUAAGCGUGCCAUUAAUUAUCAAAUUCUUAAGAAUAAGGGUCUUACACCAAAGAGAAAGAAGGAUAACAGAAACUCUCGUGUUAAGAAGAGAAAGAAGUAUGAACAAGCUAAGAAGAAACUUAAGUCUGUUCGUGCUGUAUACUCUGGUGGUCAAUCAGGUGUCUAUGAGGGUGAAAAGACUGGUAUUAAGAAGAACUUGAUAAGGUCAGUCAAAUUCAAGAACUAG